AUGGCAUCCCCUAUCCACCCCACAGUCACCGUUUCAAACAUCAAAACAUUCAUCCCUAUCACUCUCGAUAUCGAAACUGGCCACUAUACAACCUGGUCAGAACUCUUUAAAAUACACUGUAAAGCUUUUCAGGUUUUCCAUCAUCUUCAACCAAAAGAAACAACUUCUACAUCUACUCCAGACAAAGACAAAGACAAAGGAAAAGAACAGACACCAUCCGAAUCAUGGGAACGUAUUGAUUCAAUUGUUCUCCAAUGGAUAUAUGGCACUAUCUCUACAGAUCUUCUCCAUACUAUCCUUAAAACUGACACCACAGCUCAUGCCGCAUGGACCGCCCUCGCUAAUCUGUUUCAAGAUAACCGUGCAACCAGGACCAUUGACCUUAACAACAACUUCACCAAUACUUGCUUUGAUCAAUUUAGCUCCAUGUCCGCCUACUGCCAGGCCAUGAAAGUUAUCUUUGAUCAACUCAAUAAUGUUGGGUCCCCAAUCACUGAAGAACAACUCGUGUUACAAAUUCUAACUGGUCUUCCUCAACAGUACGAAGGUACAGCCGAUAACAUCCAACAAACCAAACCUUUACCCAAUUUUUAUGAGACACGCUCAAGAUUAUGUAUAGCCGAGAAACGAAAAUCAAAUCAAGCACGACAUGCUGCCCAAGCUUCUGGUUCUGCCCUUGCAGCUACUACUGAACCUGCUGUUACUUCUUUCCCCCGUCAGGAUACUCGCAAUGAAUAUAGUGAGCGAGGUCGUGGCCGGGUCCUACCGUGGAAGAGGCACUUCCUACCAGUCCUACUCUCAUUAUGGUUACCGACCUUGGUCCACCCAAGCUUCCCCAUGGGCCGAAUCAUCAGCAAACCUUUUGCUUUCCCCAUGGGGCCAAUGGAAUAA